ACUGGGGGAGAUGGAGGUGCUGCCGGGGGAGAAGGUGGCUCAACUGGAGGCAGAGACGGUUCCACUGGAGGUGAGGAAGGUUCGACCGGAGGUGAGGAAGGUUCGACCGGAGAUGAGGGAGAUUCUGCUACGGAAGAGGAUUGGGCUGCAGGCUCCAAUGCCUCAGUGGUGACGGGUGCCGCAGAAGAAGACUCAGGCGCAACAGCUGGUGUAAGUGAAGCAGGAGUAGAUAUGACAGAAGCAAUCGAAGAGGGAGUCGUCUUUGGUAGAGCGGCCUGA